GCACUCAAGACGGCCUCACCUUCUCUCGAUACGGCGACUUGGCAGACGCAUCAUCCGGUCUGCUAUCCAGAGCAAUCGCUCGAUCGCAUCCUCUUCUUGCUGUCACGUUCGCGCCACGCAUAAAUGGCACACCCCCCGCCACAGCAGCAGGGUUCAUCACUGCAACUGCCCGCCGCCAGCACGGCCCCCGCGCACGUGGCGUCCGGCCCUCAUCCUGCAACAUCGUCGUCGUCGCCGCGUCGCGCCAUUAGCCCGAACCCGGAGGCCCGCGGCGGCAUCGUGGUAUUCUCCGGCGGCAGCGCGGCCAACAGCCUGGUUGACGUCUUUGAGCGCGUCCGCGAGGCCAACCGCGCCACCCUCAGCUACGUGAUACCCAUCUCCGACAAUGGCGGCAGCACCAGCGAAAUCAUCCGUGUCUUUGGCGGGCCUGGAAUCGGCGACGUCAGAUCCCGGCUGGUGAGGCUCAUCCCCGACAACAAUGACCCCGAGACGGUCGCCAUCAAGCACUUGUUCAACCACCGCCUUCCCAGGGUCCAUGCAGAUGCGCGGGCCGAAUGGUUCGAGAUUCUCGAGACCACGCACCCGCUGUGGCGCGACAUCUCAUCCCCAAAGCGCGAGCUCAUUCGGUCCUACCUCAACAGCUUCAACCUCGAAGUCAUCAAGCGUAUGCGACCCACCAGCCGCUUCGACUUUUCCCGCUCCAGCAUCGGCAACAUAUUCCUCACGGGUGCUCGUCUGUUCACCGGCAGCUUCGAGGCCGCCAUUUAUCUCCUAAGCUCCAUCUGCGCCGUGCCGGAGCGGGUGAGCGUCCUGCCGGCGCUCAACACCAACUUUGCGCACCACAUUGCCGCUGGACUCCAGGAUGGGACUGUCAUCACCGGGCAGAAUGACAUUUCGCAUCCGAGCGCGCCGACGGCGGCUGUUCCCGUCAAUGGCGCCUUCAGCACGGGGGCACACACCCCGGCACCAUCUAUAGGUCAUGACGCGGAGGAGCACGACGAGGUGGAAGAUGCAAACCUUCCUGGCUCCUUGCCUGCGCUGAGGCGUCCGGCCAUCGCCUUUUCCAAGGUGGACGAGGAAGACCUGCCCACUCGUAUCGACAGGAUUUGGUACAUCAAUCCAUACGGCCAGGAAAUUCGCAUUCCCGCUAACCCGCGAGUUCUCGACGCCAUCAACUCCGCCAACACCAUUAUAUACAGCAUCGGCUCCCUCUUCACAUCGCUGAUCCCUAAUCUGGUUCUCAAGGGUGUCGGCGAGGCUGUUGCGAGUCCGUAUAUCCGCAACAAGAUUCUUAUUAUUAAUGGGAGCACGGAUAGAGAGACAGGGCCCUCGAGCAAUCCUUUCACCGGGCUGGACUUUGUGGCCGCAAUCGCCAAUGCGUGCGCCGACUCGAGAGGCUUGCCACGGCCGACAGAGGACGAGUACGGGGCCUAUGUGACCCAUGUAAUUCACAUAGAUGGGCCAGCGGCCCCUGCUGUCGACAAACAGCGGCUGGGGAAUAUUGGUAUCGAGACGACAAGGCUGUACGGGCCCACUGGCGGCCGAUACGACGCAAACGCGCUGGGUCAGACUCUUGAGUCGUUGGUGGGACGGAAAGACAUGCGAGCCGAUAGGAGCAGGAGGAACACGUUGGUCGGAUGACAUAGGGCCAGCCAUCUGUGACGCACGUGAACAAUGUGCCAGAACAGGAACAAGAGUCGAUGCAACGUCUGUCAACGCUCGCUAGACGCCUGGUUGCGACCUGUUUGUGCCCGCCAGGGACCCCGACGCGCGAAUGCCCCCCGCAUAUCCCAACAAGCAGCCCCCUUCUCUGGCAUCCCAUUAUUCACUUCGCAAAAAGUAGAUACACUGUGACGACCGGCCACGCUGUCGACAGUAGCGCGGCCCCCAUGACCGAACCCGCUCCGACUCGUAUCUUAUCGGCCGGGCCCUUCCAGCGGUCAACGAGCGCGCAGGUGCUGAAGAUCAUGGCGCAGACAUAGAGAACGAGCAGCCAGAUGAUGCCGAGAAGAAUGUCGGCGUUGCGGUCCGGCACGUUGAGGACGACCUUGGAGGUGUCGGGAACAAAGGUCGAUGAAAGAUUGUUGCCCAUUGUGCCCGAUUUACCGCUCCGGGUUCUCCUGCGGCGUCUGUUGCAGCGGGUGCUUUUGGCCGAAUAUG